CAAAAUCCUCGUAUCAGAAAUAUUAUUACUGAAAACAUUUUGAAACUGUCAUUAAGACAUUCAAAGUAUAAGUUGACCAAUGAAAUACUUCAUUUUGUGGUAUAUUUUGUAUAUACAUUUGAAGUUUGCGUUACGAUAACACGGUAUCUAAUUUAUAUUGUUUAAAUAUCGUUGAAUCCCAGUUUAUAACUCAUAAAUAGCUUUAAAAUCUAUACUUAAAGCGAUAUGGGUCGACUGUCAAAAAAAGAGCCCGUAAAAGCCCUAAUACUUCAGAUAAUAACAAUUCUGUUAUUACCUAUUCCCCAUGUUCUGCUACUCCUUUUGAAGCUGAUAAUGUUGGGAUAGGUCUUACACCACAUCUGAUGCUGGAUGACUCUGUCUCUAAUUUAAUAAUGAGUUCCACAUCAAGAUCAAAGAGUAUCGAUAAUCUUUAGAGUGAACUAAACACUGUCUUUAAACAACUAACCGACAUGCGUUCUAAAGUUGAGUCACUUGCUAGCUCUUUAUCAGAGCAUGAUGAUUUGGAGCAAGAAAUAAAGACAUUAUCAUCUCUUAAGCUGCUCCUGUCAAAAGAUAUCGUUCCUGCGGAACUUGAUGACAUCAUAAAAGCAGAAUCUGUUAUCGACUUUAUCGCUAAUGAAGUUACCAAGCGAAUAAUCUCUCGUAAUAACGUGAUUAUCUAUAAUAUACCUGACAGAAUCCCCAUUAAAACUGUAAGGAAUUUGAUAUUAAAAGCAUCUAACCUUCAGGAUAGUCCAUGCCAAUGCAUUCGACUUAAUAAAAAGCACCAGAAAUACUCGUGCCCGGUCUUGUUAAGAUUCGACUCUCAUAUAUUAGCUGAACGGUCAAAAGAAUCCGAGAGGCUAAUCUGCGCGCUUACGAAAUUUAGAAACGCUCGUAUAGUCUCAGAUAAGACCACCAAUCAAAGGCUUACUCAAAAACGUACCUUGAACGAAAAUAAAGAUGUUGAGAUCACAACAAACCACGAUGCAUCAACUGCUGAAUCCACUGAUGCAGCUACCUUAUCUCAUGUUCUCCAGCACUCUGAUAUACCAACAAAGAAUGUUAAUUUGCCUGUUAUGUCUGUAGUGACAUCUGAUAGCCAAUGUACAUCUAUUGACGUCACUAGUCGGAUAUUACCCAGUUUACCAUUAGAAGCCCAUAAGCAAGUACUUAGUUUUAAUGCUACAACUCUUAAAAAUCAUGUCAAGAUUAAAAUACCUUUGCCACGUAAGAAGAAUGUAAGUACAGAACCUUCUGGUUCUAGACCCAAUAUCAAAAAUACUACGAUGACCUUACCAAAUAAAAAUAAGACUGUACUUCCCGACACCAUGCUUCACCUUACGCAUCGUAGGGGAGGUUUUAAGGGCAGAUUUGGUUCAAAUGUCUCACAAGAUGGCCACUGCAAUCAUUAUGUAAGCAAGCCUAAUAUUGGACAGACCACAAUGAACCAACGCACCCUACGGUUAUCCUCAAACGUUUUAAAUAACAUACCUGUAAGACUUAACUAUUCUCAACACUUUCCCAUUGGGCAAGAUGGUUUACUAGGUUACUCAACAUCAAACGUUUUAAAUAAUAAACCUGUGAGACGUAACUUUCCUCAACACUUUUCCAUUGGACAAGAUGGAUUACUAGGUUACGCACCAUCAACCCAACCCCAACUUGCAGGUGCCUGUCUUAACUGUCCGCCUAAUCAAGUUCAACAAAUUAACCCACUUUAUCAAAAUAAUGAUUUUUUUGGCCUUCAGAAAUCCCUGGUCCCACUAGCAAUGGAGUUUGUUCAAGCGAUAGCCCAUACGAUCAGUCAAACAUAAUAAACCACAGUCUAUGCAAAUCCAAACUACAUAACAUCAAUAGGGAAGCUCUCGGUUUUUUUACAC